AAUCAUGCCGGUUAAUUUGUACCAUCUCCCAACUUUCCGGAGCCUUAUUCUUCUGACUUCCCGCUUCUUGAUUAUCUGAGCCCAGCUUCCCAGUCAUCUGCUACGGACCUUUUCUCCGCCGCAAUCUAACAAAAUGCCCGGCUGGCGCGACGAGUAUCUUUCAUCCCUCAUGGAUGCCGACCAGCGGAAUCCCGUCAACCGAGAGCUUGUGGAUACCUGCCAGCAACUCUUCGACCGCAUAUCCGUACUCGAAGCCGAAAAGGCGGCCCUCGAACAGCAAGUCGAGACCUACCUAUCAUCCUCCUCGUCAAGUAGCGGCGCCACCAACAAGCCCCGAGACCGAGACACCACCAAGACCGAUGCCGUCGCCCCUGACUCGACAACAACUGCGCCGACCGCCGCCGACUCUGCCCUUCUUGCCCGCCUCCGUGUCGAUCUAGCCGAAGCCCUCCGCGCCAAGGGCGAUUUCCAGCGGCGGUUGAAUGUAGUCGAGGAGGAGCUCGUCCGCUUGCGCACGAAGACGACAGCGGACAACAAGACAUUACAAACCUUGACGGCCGAGAGGAAGACGCUCACUAUCAAACUCAGAGACCGGGAGGAGGAGCUGCGCGCCAAGAGCAAGAUGCUGGCGGACGUCCAGGAUGAAUUGCAGGUGCUAAAUACCCAUCUGGAUCUUGUCGAAAAGCGGCGCUCCGAGAUGGAGGCGGAGAACAAGCAGCUUGUAGCCCGCUUCAUGAAGCGGGUCGGGCAAGAGGCGGAGGCCAUGAACAUGGCGAAUGAUUCGACGUCGGGUUCCGGUCAUCGGUCAUCCGGUUCCAGGAGACGAUAA